GCGAGUGAGUAUUUCGAGAGUACCGUGGAGUAUCGAAAGUGAAGUAAAAUGUUGGGCGUUUGUGCCAACAUCCGUCGUCAAUCGGAUGCAUGGUUCGAAGUCAUGUCGCGUUCAAUCGUAUGUUUGGUAUCUUCUCCGUUGCCUCGUAUCCCGCGUUUUAGACACGUGUGAAUACCAGGAGUGUUUAGAGAGUGCCGAAAACGAAGGAUCGUGCGUUUGCCAAGUGUGAAUCAAGAGGAGGAUCGUCGUGAGAAUAAGGGAGAAAGUCUUGGAUCUCGAGCGUACGCUCGAGAGCUAAGACCAAGACGGAGCUGAACAAAUUACGACCAGCGGCGAAAGACAAGAGGCUCAUGCGAACGAGCCAAAAUGGCGCAGCGCGAUGCGAGCGACUCGUUUCCGAACUGUGGCCGUGGGCGAGACUCCGUGAACUCCGUCGCUGUUCGAUAAGCCGGGCGUGAACGCACAGGAAACGUCAAGCGUAAUCGAGAUGUCGAGGAACGACGGCAAGAAGGAUACCUCGGCGUCCGCGUUCCGCAAGAUCGACGUGGACCAAUACAGCGAUAACAAUUUCAAAGAGGAAGACGCGGACGGCGGUGUAGGUGCGCCCACCGGUCCGGACGAGAACGAGAUUUUGACACUUCUUAGCCAGGGUAAGAACGCGGAAGCGCUAAUAUCGGUAUUAAAAUCCGCUCCUUUGGAGUGCAAGAAUCAGCAAGUGAAGGACAGUGCACGAAACUUAACACAGAAGGUGCUUCUAAGUAUAAAGUCGAAUCAAAUGGACGAUUGCUUAGCACAAUUAGAUCGUGACUUAGUAGAUGUUUUAAUGAAGUAUAUUUAUCGAGGUUUCGAAAUCCCGACGGAGGGUAGCAGUAGUCACUUGUUACUUUGGCAUGAAAAGGUAUUUAAUGUAAGCGGUGUCGGCUGCAUCGUCCGUGUAUUCUCUGAUAGUAAACGGGCUUGAAGUUUUGUACAUUUUGCCGUAACCUGUUCAUUAUGAUAAUUACCAUUAAUUCUUACUGUUAUUCAUCGUCAUUGUUAAUGCGAUGAGGAUGUAGAUAGGCAAGCCAUUCACAAUUUUCCAUAUGGGAAAUACAACAAAUUUGUGUACAUUUGUUAUCAAUAAAGUAAUUUUUAUUUCUUGUA